UCGAUAGUCAGUUCCUGUUUGAGUUUGUAGUUUGUCAGUUGUCAGUUUGUCACUUGUCAGUUGUGACGUCUACAAAGAAGACUAUAGUUGAAUACAAAAUUUUUGUAGUGUCCUAAAGGUUUUUCUCAGUUUUAUUUAAAAAAAUUGAAACUUCAGUAUACACAUUUCGAGAUUACGAUAUCUGUUCCCAAGUAUCGUUCCACAUAAUAUUGAUAGGAAUAAUUGGGAAGCAUGGGUAAGACAACAAAAGUUGUUUUCAUGGGUAUGAAAGGCGUUGGCAAAACUGCAAUCCUGGAGCAAGCAAUUUAUGGAAAUGUUACCAGUAUCACACAAUUGCAAUCAACUGUAGAAGACAUCUACGUUGCCAACGUUGAAACAGAGCGAGGCACCAAAGAGCGGCUGCGGUUCUAUGACACGGCCGGACUGGAGGGCGUGGCGCAAGCGCGCAACUGCAACUACCACAUUCAGGCCGAGGGGUAUGUGCUCGUCUACGACACCGGCAGACCUGAGAGCUUUGACUGUGUCGUUGCACUCAAGAAGGAGAUCGAGAAGAGUCGUGAGAAGAAAGAGCUGACUACGAUGAUUCUGGGUAACUGUGUGACGGCCAACGAAUCUGCCAUCCCGCUGGAAAGUCCGGUGAGCAAAGCAUCGCAUUGGUCGGCCCGUGAGAAGAUUCGCCACUUCGAGGUGAACGCACUUGACAGAUCGACGCUGGCCGAGCCGUUCGUCUACAUCGCUUCAAGACUCAAUCAGCCAAUGAACAAAGGAGGCUUCCCCAGUAUGGUUCGCAAAAGUGUUAGACUGGAUUCCAGUUGAGGGCAAACUAAAUUUUACGUUGAAGUUUGUGAUGACUGAUCCUUGUCCAGCAUCUCCCGCAUGUACAUGUAAGCCGAUCUUUCUAUCUUGCUGCCGAUAAUGAAAGAUGAUCUACUGUUUUAGGUGAGUUCUGAAUCACCGGGAAAACUGUACUGAUGAAACGCAUUAGUCUAUGAGCAAAUGACUUGAAUCAAUUAGUGAAUUACAAUUAGCGUAGCUGGCCUUCAGUGGUUUUCCUACCAACAUAAUUACCGAUUGACCGUCGCUGAUAUAAUGUUUAGAUAUUGAAAGCUAAUGCCGCUUGCAGAGCUCGAUCGACCAUCAGAGCGGAUACCAGUCACUUGUCUUUUAUGAGGCAAUUCCAUGUAUCCUUACAGAGCAGGGCAAAUCGUGUGGUUGAUCUGUCGAGCUGUGUACAUUUGAAAGAUUGCCUUACAACUUUCGAAAAUUUCAAUGGAACUAUGUGUUUUAUGAGAUUUGAGGAUGAGCGCCUUAUCCAGGCUGAGAUGGGACUUUUCCUCAAGGGAAUACCCACCAACAAAAGGCGGAACUAUUUUUUUAUUAGGAGAAAUCUAAUAUAAUUUAUACAAACUACGGUUCUAGAUCAAUUAUGGGUUGUCGUGUAAAGGUAUCCAAAACUUUCCAAAAUACAUCAGUUGGAGUAUUUAACAUCAUGUAACAACAUGUAGUGUUGUACUAACAUAAUUUGUUUACUAACAUAAUUUUAUUGCAAAACAAUUAUAUAGGUUAAUUCUGAACUCUUUAAAAAAUUUUUAUCGGGCUCACUAUAAUCAACAAAUUUCUGUAGAAUCUAUGGAAGAAUUUUAUGCAUCCAUAUCAUAUUCCUCUCCCGCCGACUUUCACUGAAAAAAAAACUUGAAUUGUCGAAUUUUCAACUGUAUUAAAAUAUCACCGCAGGAAUCUUCAAAGUUGUAGGGAAAACAUUGGUAAUAAUGAUAUUAAUAAUACUUUAUUCUCAACAAAAGUAUAGAAUCGAUGUAUGCAGUUGAAAAACGUCACAGAUAAAUCAAUACAAUAACAGGAAGUUUCAGUCAUAAAAUAAAAUACUAUUAACAUUUUACAAUUCAUGAACUUUGUGUACAUCAUAAAAAGCCUUCCUACUAAUAAAGUAAAAUUUGUUUUGGUAAUAAUGUUAGUAAUGUUAGUAACAAUUUCAUGGUAGUAAUUGUUUUGAAAUGGUAAUAAGAUCAUCAACCAAAUAAGUGGACGCGGUGAUCAAAGCUUUGAAACUUGUAUUCUAUAUUGGAAUCAAUGAAAUUGAAAACAAUUUCAUUACCCAUAAAGUCAGUCAUAUUUGAAAUGUUUUUUUUUCAUUGCUGUUUAAUACAUACAGUACUUACAUCAAAAAAAUAAAAAUUAAAAACAUCUCCAAGCGACCUGAAAAUUAAUAAUGCAAAUUAUUUAUUAUAAUGGAAAUUAUAAUAUAAUUAUUAUUUUAGUUAAUAGCGGUAACUUCAAGUGCAGUUUCAUAUCUGAGUAGCAAAUCAAAGUGACACAACUAUUCCUAAUUCCAUAUGUUGAAAGUUAUGUACCGGAAUUUCCAUUUGAUAGUUUUAUAACCAAUGAUAACUUUUAGGUCCGAACCAUCUUUAUAUUUAUAUACAGAGUGUUUCAGAAGUAGUGUCGAAAAUUUUAGAGUAUUGUUCCUGGAUGAUAGGAUCCAAAACUUAGCGGUUAUCCUUAUAGCAGCCAUUUUGUUUUUUCACUCACGAAUCUUUAUCUCAAGAACUAAGUGUUGUAUUGAUCUUAAAUUUGGCAUUUGAUCUGAAUAUUUAUGCUAUAAAGACUCAACUUUAAAAAAAUGAAAUGAAAAAUUUCUAUGUAAAUUUUCAAAAUGGCGGCCAAUUAAACAUUUUUAUGGAAAAUUUCACAAAAAACGUUCACUUUACAAAAAAUUUACAAGAGACAAAAAAAUUAGCAAAUCUUAUCAAGAUAUCAAGGAUACCUUAUUUAUUGAGAUUGGUCGAAGAAUUGGUGGAAGAAUAACAGAGAAAUUAAUUAUUUUCGUUCUGCUUGCAUGACCACUUUUCACCAUUUAAACAUCAUUAUCAAAUAUUUAAUUCCAAUUGUAUUUAAGAAGAAGCUUUGAAACUCUGUGUGGCUCCAUGAGGCCAUUCAGCUGAUUUUACAAUGUUUUUCAAAUGAUAUUGUUUGUCUUGUGCAUGCAUGCAGUAAGAAAAUAAUUAUUUCUCUGUUAUUCUUCCACCAAUUUCAAUAAAUAAGGUAUUAUUAAAAUCUUGACAAAAUUUGCCAACUUGUUUGACUCUUGAAAAAUUUCUGUAAAGUGAACGGUUUUCGUGAAAUUUCCCAUCAAAAAUUUUAAAUUGCCGCCAUUUUGAAAAUUUACAUCGAAAACUGUCUAUUCUAUUUUUUAAAGUUGAGUCCUUAUAGCAUAAAUUUUCAUGCCAAAUUUCAGAUUAAUACAACAUUUCGUUCUUGAGAUAGAAAUUCUUAAGUGAAAAAAAUGGCAGCUAUAAGGAUAACCGCUGAGUUUGGACACUUCAAAUACGUCAUUUGUAGUCUCCUAUCAUCCAGGAACAAUACCCUAGAAUGUUCGACACUACUUCUGAAACACUCUGUAUAUGCAUAAUAGAUAUUCAAAUGCUUAUAUAAUAACCACAGUUGCGUUUCAUCAGCCGAUGAAAUUAUUACUAGAUAAUAUAUAUCCAUACAUAUAUUAUAAAAAUAGAAUAAAUUAAAAAUUUAGAAAGAAAUAUAAUAAGCGUGAUAUCGGCUGAUGUAAACCCUACACAGCUGAACUGAACUAUGGUUACAUUCUUCGAAUCUAGGCUAUGAUAGAUACAUGUUUUCUAUAAUAGGGUUGGUUGUUGGUUGUUGCUAAGGAGGCAGCUGCGUUUGCAUCAUCAAGUGAUGUCGAAAUAGUCUACACUCAACGUUAGUAGACAGACUAACUUUGGUCUACACUGAACUGUUCAGUUGGGCCCAGACGGUGAUGCGCGACACUUCGUUUGCGUGAUCCUUGCGGUGGAUGUGAUCUUGCGAGUGAAUGAAGUGGAUGACCUAAUAAUGGAUUACCUUGAAUAUUUGAAUUACCAAGAACCCCGGGUGCGGCCAGGACGUUACCCGAUUUUCAAUCCUUUUGACGAUUUGACAGAUAAUGAGUUCAGAAGUAGAUUCAGGUUUAAUAAGGAUGCUGUGAAAGAACUGAUAGAGUUUUUAACCCCAAGGUUGGGAGGAGCUCCUCAUCGAAGAGCUCAUCACAGUAUUCCUAUUUGGAGAAAAGUGCUGAUUGCUCUUAGAUUUUUUGCGGAUUUUACUUUCCAUAGAGAGACUGGCGAUUUAUUAAAUGUGAGUACUGCGGCUUCAUGUCGCAUUGUACAUAGUGUCGCGU